CGAUUUGGCCAGCUCAAUUGCUUGGGCCUCAACAGAUGAAGUGUUCUCAGCAGCGGAUGACCACACCAUUGUUUGCUGGUCCUUGAGUUCUAAGCAAACAAGCAAGGUGAUCAGCUUGCCAGCCACAGUAUUUCCCACCGAUAUGGACUGGUCUCCAAGACAGCGUGGCAAACAAGGAUCGAAAAGUGUUCAGACAUGUGAUACCUUCAUAUUGGGAGCAACAGACGGUCGAUUUUACCUCCUGACGAGAAAUGGUAAGACGGAUAAGGGAGUGGAAGCACACCAAGGAGCCGUGCUUGCUGUACGAUGGAACCAAGAUGGCACGUCAUUUGCAACAGGCCUUCCGAUUUAUUCUCUUGCAUGGGGCUCAAAUAAUUCGCAAAUCGUGUUUACACUUGGCAGACAACUUGUUCUGCAAUCUCUUCAAGCCAACGCCAAACCUCUGGCUUGGAAAGCCCAUGAAGGCUUGGUGCUGAAAAUAGACUGGAAUGGUGCAAAUGACCAGAUUCUUUCCGGCGCGGAGGAUUGUAGAUACAGGUUGUGGGAUACCUUUGGCAGGCUCCUGUAUUCCAGUUCACCCUAUAAUCACCCAAUCACCUCGCUAGCAUGGGCGCCAGAUGGACAACUGUUCGCUGUUGGAAGCUUCAAUAUGAUGCGGUUGUGCGACAGACAUGGAUGGUCGUAUGCCGUGGUGAAGACGCAAACAGGCAGUCUGUUGAACAUGCGCUGGUCCGCGGAUGGGACGCAAAUCGCAGCGGCCGGUGGCAAUGGUGAGAUUAUUGUGGGCCAAGUUACUGAUCGCUGGAUUGAAUGGAAUGGUUUUGAGGCUGCCGUGGUGGAUGAACGAACAGUAGAAGUGCAGAACAUACGGAAUGGAGCGACGGAACACCUUGAAUUUCGUGACCGAGUAACCAAAGCCUCAUUAGCUUAUAACCAAUUGAUUGUGGUCACCUCCUCUCAGUGUUACGUCUACAGCACGAACAACUUCAACACUCCCGUUAUCACAGAACUGAGGGAGUGUAGUGUAACCUUGAUUGUCCAAUGUCUAAAGUACUUUGUGCUUGUCGAUGGAAUGAAUAUCUACGUGUACAGCUAUGAUGGUCGUCUGGUAUGUUCUCCCAAACAGCCCAAUCUGCGCACUGACUUGGUUCACGCUACUGGAUUUUCUCUAUCAAACGAUACAAUUGCAGUAAAAAACGGACUGGAUGAGAAGACCAUUUACCUCUUUGAAACCGCAACUGCAAAGCCGAUUGGGGACGGGAAACCAAUCGUUCAUUCCACCGACGUUCUCCAAAUUGGACUGGAUCAAUGUGGCUCACCACUUCAUCAACGACUGGCCAUUCUGGAUCGGAAUAAGGAUCUCUACUUGAUGUCAGUGCGGGUAUUUGGAACCAAUCGAAAGUCAACCAAGCUCACAACCAUGGCCAGUUCGUUCAUUUGGUCGCAGACAUCAAAUAUUCUGGCGGCUGUCGUCAAUGAUAAUAUAUCUGUGUGGCAUUAUCCUAACAUUGCGUUUGUGGACAGCGACCUUUUGGCACUAACCACGCACGAACACGAUACCCAAGAGGAGUUUGGUAAACAACCGGAACUUCUCAGUUUCUAUCGAGACCGAAUCACAAUUCGCCGGAUCAACGGAAGUGUCAGCGCCCUCACGGUGUCCCCGUACCCGGACAAACUGCACCAGCUGAUAGCGACAAAUAAGUGGAACGAAGCGCUUUCACUUUGUCGUAAUGUCAAGGACAAAAUGCUGUGGGCCUGUUUGGCCGGCUUCGCAACGUGUGCGAAAGAUUUGGACAUGGCUGAAAUCGCGUUUGCUGAGAUUGAAGAAGUUGAUAAGGUGGAGUACAUCCGUUACAUAAAAGGUCUACCAAAGAAAGAAAUGCAAACAGCAGAGAUGUUGAUGUUAUCCGGGGAGUAUCAAGAUGCUGAAGGUGUGUUACUUCAAGCCGGUUUAUACUUCCGUGCAAUCAUGCUUCACCUAAACUCCUACAAUUGGAACAGGGCGAUAGAACUGGCGAUGAAAUAUAAACUGGCUCUUGACAUUGUUCUAUCGAUGCGACAGGCAUAUCUCCAACAAGCCAAUCGAACGGAAACCCUCGAACGAUACCUUUCACAACCAAAACAGAACCUCCUCAGUACGAACGCCUUAAAGGAGAGGAUCGAGAAGGAAUACGAACGCGAACAGGCGCAUAGAGAAACCGGCAAUACAAAGCCAACUUCCCCGCAAAAUCGCUCUCGGCCGACGAUUGUCACAUGA